UGGGGCCUUUCGACGUCAUGUUUGGACGAGUCCCUUUGGUAUUCAGGGGUACACGAUCUUGAUGUCUCGCGACAGUCACGUUUCCCAGCUUGUUUUAUUUGACGCCCCUGAUACUGGACUGCUGGCCUAGUAACAGGGUUUCUCUCUCGCCAACGCCAGUUCUGCCUGCCGCGCCAUUCCCUCUGUGUGUGCGCCCCUGAAACACGAACCAUGUACACGUCGCCAGAAAUUUCGAAAUUUUUUUCUCCUCAGCAUAACAUACGACAUUUCCCCUUUUCCCCUGCUAUUCGGACCUACAUAUACCCAACAUUGGCGUUAUCCAUUUGGAUGAGGGUUGCGCCAACAUCUUUUACCGCUCCCGCAACAGACAGAAAAAAGCGCUCACGCGAAACCAAGACUCGAAAACUCCUCCAUCUUCUGCCGCUUAUUCGACUUAUUUAUUUUUUUGGAGUCACACGAUUUCCACUUCUUAUUCCAUUUCCCUUCUCGGCACCCUUUUUGCCCUGUCUCCCCGGGGAGAGACGGGUGCUAGACCUACCACUAUUACCAUCGACGGUGGCGGUGGUGGGUAUUUUUAGGCAUGGCAUGGCGGGGAGAUCAUUACCAUUUUUUCCCAUUUCAUAUUUUCCUAUCUCUGUACAAUUUAGUGGCGGUAUAAUCCUUUUUUAUCUUCUUUCCAUUUAUAGUCUAUUUCUUCUCCUUUUCUUUUGCGUCAUAUAUAUCUAUCCAUGGAUUGUCCCGCGGGGGCUUUGCAGGGGGACGACCACUCUUGCGUUUGUGUCAGUCACGUCUUAUCACGAACUGUUUUGUUUCCCGGGAGCGGACAACGGAGAUCCGACCUUUUUCUUAUUUUUCAUGACAAACAGCGAAGAUGGGAGGGCCAGGCCUGACCGAUGGCUCAAGGAAAGAAGCAAGCAAGCAAGCAAGCAAGCAGAGAAAAGGAAAGCCGACUCGCAAGGGUUUAGGGAUGGAUGGGGCUUGUUUCGAUUUUAUAUUUUAUUUUUACCUUGGAUUCUUCCCAAUAUUCCCGGCGCAUAGUUUCAUGAAUUUUACCCUUUUUCUCUCCUGUUCUGCUUUGUAUAUCUGCUUCGUAUAUCUACCUACAAGCCUACUUGUUCAUGCUCGGCGAAAUAUGACUGGCAUAUCUUACAAGACAGGCUGGGUAUUAUUACUAGAAUAACCGACACUAGGAUGGGUUCUGACCCCCCCCCCCCCAACACUCUCUCCACUAUGACGAGACAACGUGUUCAAGGCUACAAAG